AUGUCAGGAGUCGAAGCAGAAAAAGAAAUAAUUAAAAUGUCUGUAUCUGAUAGUACAAUUUGUCGUAGGAAUAUAAAUUCAUCAGAGGAUAUUGAGGAGCAGGUUAUUGAAGUUAUAAAAAGUGGAGAAUUAUUUGCUUUGCAAGUUGAUGAAUCAACAGAUAUUAGUGGAAAAACUCAAUUAAUGUCAUUCAUUAGAUUUAUUGUAAAUUCAAAAAUAGUUAGUCAAUUUUUUUGUUGUAAAGAAUUAUCUGGGACAACAACUGGUCGAAAUGUUUUUGAUGUCAUAAAUAAAUAUUUUAAAAGUUAUGGUAUAUCGUGGACUUCUUAUGUAAGUAUUUGUACAAUAAUGACAGGCUCUAUUAAAGGAUUUAUUACAAUUGCCAAAAAGCAAAAUCCAAAUAUAAUCACAACUACACUGUUUUUUACACAGGGAGGCAUUAGUAGCAAAAAGUAUUGUUAA